UGGUGCGUUCGCCUGGCCUCCUUCUUCCCCGCGAAAAAGAAGAAAAAAUUCUGGGAAAGUUGGAGAAGAGAAAGUGUAUUCAAUCCCAAAACCAGGAAAUCGACGAAGAAAUGCACAAUUUUGAGGACGAGUUAACAUGCUCCAUUUGUUAUAGUAUUUUUGAAGAUCCUCGUGUACUGCCAUGCUCUCAUACAUUUUGUAGAAAUUGUUUGGAAAAUGUUCUUCAGGCAUCUGGUAACUUUUACAUAUGGAGACCUUUACGAAUUCCACUCAAAUGCCCGAAUUGCAGAAGUAUUGUUGAAAUUGCUGCAUCUGGUAUUGAAUCUUUACCCGUUAAUUUUGCAUUGAGGGCUAUUAUUGAAAAGUACCAGCAAGAAGACCAUCCGGAUAUUGUUACCUGUCCUGAACAUUACAGGCAGCCGUUGAAUGUCUAUUGUCUACUAGAUAAAAAAUUAGUUUGUGGUCAUUGCCUUACCAUAGGUCAACACCACGGUCAUCCUAUAGAUGAUCUUCAAAGUGCCUAUUUGAAAGAAAAGGACACUCCUCAAAAACUGCUUGAACAGUUAACUGACACACAUUGGACAGACCUUAGUCGUCUUACUGAAAAGCUGGAAGAACAAAAAUCUCUUUCUGAGAAAAUGGUUCAAGGUGAUCAGGAAGUUGUUCUCCAGUAUUUUAAGGAGCUUAAUGAUACACUGGAACAGAAAAAAAAAACCUUCCUAUUGGCUCUCUGUGAUGUUGGCAAUCUGAUUACUCAAGAAUAUACUCCACAAAUUGAAAGAAUGAAAGAAAUAAGAGAGGAACAGCUUGAAUUAAUGACACUGACAACAUCUUUACAAGAGGAAUCUCCACUUAAAUUUCUUGAAAAAGUUGAUGAUGUCCGCCAGCGUGUGCAGAUCUUGAAGCAAAGACCACUUCCCGAGGUUCGUCCAGUUGAAAUUUAUCCUCGAGUAAGCAAAGUAUUGAAAGAAUGGAGCAGAACAGAAAUUGGACAAAUUAAGGAAGUUCUCAUUCCUGAAAUGAAAAUUUCUUCAAAAGAGAUGCCAUGUUCCUGGCCUGAUAAGGAUGAAAAAGAAGUUGAAUUCUUAAAAAUUUUUAACAUUGUUAUAGUUACACUAAUAUCAAUGAUACUGAUGUUGAUACUAUUUUUCAACCAACAUGUUGUAACGUUCUUAAAUGAAAUCACUUCAAUAUGUUUUUCUGAAGUUUCUCUAUCUGUUUACCAUGAUUUAUCAAACAAUCUCCAUGAUUUAAAUAACAUACUAUGUCACACUUUAUAUUUGUUGAAGGAAUUCAUGUGGAAAAUAGUUUCUCACUGAAAAUUUAAAUAUGAAUUGUUUAUAUGGGCUAAGUCUGUAUAGCAGAGACUAACCAUUGCAAAAUGGAGAAAUAGGGGUAGCAUAGAUAAAUAGCAAACUAAACUUUAUUAGAGUUGCAACAAAUAUAAGCAUAUAGAAAUGUGUUAAACCUUCCAUGCUUCUGUUUAGAAAUGAUGGAUCAAAGUUAGAAAUGAGACAGUUUAUGAAACAUGACUCAAAUCCAAUCAUCAUUAGGAAAAAAUCUAGUAAUUAUUUGGUUUGACUAUUAAUACAUUGUCCAAUUUUUAUUGGCUUUAUAAGGGUUGACUUAAUUGCUAUGACAUUCAAACAUUCUUAUACCAAUAUUGUCUUAACCAUUAUGACAUACUACAUACAGUAAGUUGGCUUUGCAGUUAUGUAAAUGUAGCAUUUAGAUUAAAAGAUAGCCAAAUCCUCAAAGUGCAUAUGCCUUCAUUUUGAUGUGACUUGAAGCUUUUGAAUAGGUGAAUAAGGAUGGCAAAAAAGAGGUUUUAAAAUCUAGCAGCAAACUUUGUCAAGACAGAGUCUCACUCUAUUACCCAGACUGGAGUGCAGUGGCACAAUCAUGGCCCAUUGCAGCAUAGACCUCCCGGCGUCAAUUGAUCUUCCCGCCUCAGUCUCCUAAGUAGCUGGGACCAUAGACAUGC